GCUGCGAAAUGGGGUGGAAUCAAAUCCUUGGUCUCCUCUGUUUCCUUUUUUUAGUACAUUCCUCCCUUCCCUUUGCCUUGCCCCUUUGCCCUCCUGACCAGCGUGAUGCCUUGCUCCUUUUUAAAAAUUCCUUCGUGCUUGAUAGCAUGGCGUCCCACUUUAGUUGUGACGAGGCUUUGAAUUAUCCUGUCACAUCUUAUCCAAAGACAAACUUAUGGAACAAGAGCCUUGACUGCUGUUCAUGGGACGGUGUCACUUGCGACAACGUCACCGGUAACGUUAUCGGUCUCGAUCUUGCUUGCAGUUGGCUUCAUGGCAGUCUUCAUUCCAAUAGCUCCCUCCUUCUCCUUCAACAUCUUCGAAGCCUCGACCUUUCCGGUAAUGACUUUGCUGGCUCACAAAUUUCGCCUAAUCUAACUGCAUUUACAAAGUUGACUCAUCUUAAUCUCUCUCGUUCACACUUUUUUGGUACCAUUCCUAGUGAAAUCUCUCGCCUCUCUAAACUUGUGUCGCUUGAUCUCUCUGACAAUUAUGAUGUUACAAACUCAUUCUCUUUUCUUGUAUUGGAAAAUUCCAUCUUCACAAUGAUUGUUCAUAAUCUAACAGAAGUGAAAAAGCUUGUUCUUGAUGAAGUGGACAUGUCCAUGGUUUCACCAAUCUCCCUUGCAAAUUUGUCUUCUUCUUUGACACAUUUAACAGUUUCUGCUUGUUCCUUAGCGGGAAUAUUUCCUGAAACUGUUUUUCGAUUGCCUAGCCUUAUUGUUCUUAAUGUACAUUCCAAUCUCGACUUGUCCGGGAUUCUUCCCAAAUACAAUUGGACUAGUCCUCUUGUGUACUUGUCUCUCGACUUUACAAGCUUUUCAGGAGAAAUACCCGAUUCAAUUGGUAACGUGAAGAGAUUAACAGUUUUGGGUCUUAGUGGUUGCAGAUUCACGGGACGCAUCCCCUCGUCAAUGUGGAAUCUCGAGCAACUCCGAGUUCUAUAUCUAGCCGGGAAUAACUUUAAUGGGGUUGUAGAGUUUGAAAUAUUUACAAAGUUCAAAAAUCUCCAAAUGCUAAAUGUUUCUCUAGAACUAAAUCUAACCUACAAUACACUAAAGUAUACAUUCCCGAAGCUCGAAGUGUUGGGGUUGCCUUUUUGCAACUUGACAAAAUUCCCCUAUUUCUUGAGUUUGUUAAAAAGAUUAACCAACUUAGACCUAUCUUCCAAUAGGAUUAGUGGGGAGAUCCCCUCUUGGAUUUGCCAGUUGAGUUCACUCCAGCAGCUAAGUUUGUAUAAUAACAGUCUCUUUGGGAAUAUACCAUCAUGUUUUGGUAAUAUGACCAAUCUCUUUAAUCUACGGUUGAGCACCAAUAAAUUACAAGGGGAAUUACCUCGCUCUCUAGUCAAAUGUGUGAAAUUAUUGGCACUAGGUCUCAAUGACAAUGAGUUCAGUGAUAUAUUCCCUUAUUGGCUAGAAGCACCACAACUACAUUACCUUUAUUUGCAAGCCAAUAGAUUUCAUGGUAGUAUCAACCUCACUGCCUUUGGACUCUCCUUUCCUGCUCUUGAAGUUUUGUUAAUUUCUGACAACAAUUUUACCGGACAGUGGCCCAAAGAGGUUUUCUCAAACACCUCAUUGGCUGUAAUAGAUAUGUCCAACAACAAGUUUGAAGGGCCAAUUCCACUUCCAUCUCCCGUCACACAUGUUUAUUGCAUUGCAAGCAAUAAUAUAACAGGAAGGAUCCCUUCUUUGAUAUGCAAUGCUACCAAGCUCGAGAUCCUCGACUUGUCUAAUAACUGCUUAACAGGUAGCUUGCCUCGGUGCUUAACAAGUUUUAGCACCAAUUUGUCAAUUUUGAAGUUGCGAAUGAAUCACCUUGGGGGCACAAUUCCUGAAUCAUUUUCUUGGAGAAAUAGUUUGACGACUCUCGACUUGAGUCAAAAUCAAAUUGAAGGCACAUUGCCACGGUCCCUUGUCAAAUGUAAAUAUUUGGAAAUUCUGGAUCUUGAUAACAAUCAUAUAGAGGAUACAUUCCCGAGAUGGUUGGGAGAACUCCCAGAACUAAAAGUUCUCAUUUUGAGGUCCAACAAAUUUAAGGGUCUUUUCAAUAUUCCUAGGGGUGCUCACCUGUUUGUCAAGUUACACAUUUUGGACCUCUCCAACAACCACUUUGGCGGUCCUUUACCAAUCAACUUGAUAAUGAACCUAAAGGCCAUGAUGGAUGGCGAAAGUGGGCAAGACAAAUCUUUGUAUAUGGAACAGUAUUUCAGAUGGUUGUCUUAUGAAACUCGAGUGUCUGUGAUGAUGAAAGGGCGAGAGAUUGAGCUAAUGAAGAUUGGGACUGCCUUUACAAUCCUCGACUUGUCACACAAUUCUUUUCAAGGAGACAUUCCCGGAGUCUUUGGACAUCUUCACUUUCUUCUAGGACUCAACCUUUCACACAACCACCUUAUAGGUUCCAUUCCUCCAACUUUUGGAAACUUGACUAAUCUUGAAUGGCUCGAUCUAUCUUCAAACAAGUUUAGUGGGGGAAUUCCUAGAGAACUAGGAGAUUUGGCAUUCCUUGGGUACUUAAACCUCUCGAAGAACCAACUCACCGGCCGAAUCCCGCAAGACAAGCAAUUGAGCACAUUUUCAAGUGAUUCAUUUAGAGGAAAUCCGGGCUUAUGUGGAUCUCCAUUGCCGAAAGCAUGCCCUGGUGAUGCUCAACCUCCUCCGUCAUCGUCCUCGUCAACUUUUGACCACGAUGGGCAGGGGAGUUGGUUCAAAAAGAACGCAGUGUGGAUCGGUUAUGCAGUUGGAAUCUCAAUUGGGAUUUCCAUAGCAUACAUUGCAUUUGAAACGGGAAGACCCAAAUGUCUCACUCGAGGUGUGAGAAAGAUGGAGAGAAGAGCAGCUAGGUGGAUGGAGAAGCCAAAGCAGAAGGCCGUGAAGUUUCAUGGACAAUGAAAUUGU